AUGAGGACGGCCAGGCGGGCGAGCAAUGUGGAGGUGCCCUCCUUCCUCCGGCAUCUGGUCAAAGAGACCGAGAAGAUGGUCACCUUCUUCUUCAAGGGAGGGAUCAGGGAGGCCGGGUCUGGGGAGGAGGACAGUCUGGAUGAGGAGGACUACAUGCCGAGCCCGUACCUGGACCGUCCCAACCUGGAGAAGCAUGUGUCGGAGGGGGGGUCGCAGUCUGGGAUGAACUACGCUGUGGCGAGCAUGCAGGGCUGGAGGGCUCAGAUGGAGGACGCUCACACCUGCAUGCCCCAGCUGAAGGGGGAGCUGACAGAGUGGGGCUACUUUGCUGUUUUUGACGGACAUGCAGGGUCAAAUGUGGCACAGUACUGCUCCAGGAACCUGCUGGAUCACGUCCUGGCAACAGGUGGGGUUAAAGCAAGCGAGGACCCUGAGCAGGUGAAGGAGGGGAUCCGGGAGGGCUUCCUGGACAUCGAUCGCCACAUGCACAAACUGACUCGCCAGGACAACUGGGAACGAAGUGGCUCCACUGCGGCGGCCGUCAUGAUCUCACCGAGUUACAUUUACUUUAUCAACUGUGGGGACUCGCGCACUCUGCUCUGCCGCAGCGGCCGGGUGGUCUUCUACACGGAGGACCACAAGCCGUUCAAUCCCAGGGAAAAGGAGCGCAUCCAGAACGCCGGAGGCUCGGUGACCCUGCAGAGGGUCAAUGGCUCGCUGGCCGUUUCCAGGUCACUGGGGGACUUUGACUUCAAGGAGGUGGACUGGAGGCCGCAGACUGAGCAGCUCGUGUCGCCGGAGCCGGAGGUGUACGAGCUAGAGAGGACGCCUGAAGACGAGUUCCUAAUCCUGGCAUGUGACGGUGUGUGGGACGCCAUCGGCAAUGAGGAAUUGUGUGCCUUUGUGCGCAGCCGUCUGCAGGUGUGCGAUGACCUGAGAGAGAUUUGUACUCAAGUGCUUGACCUCUGCCUUUACAAGGGCAGCUUGGACAACAUGAGCAUCAUCAUCAUCUGUUUCCCCGGCGCCCCCAAAGUGUCACAAGAGGCACUGCAGCAGGAGGCAGCGCUGGAGCAACAGAUCGAUGUGAAAGUGGGAGAAAUUAUCCAGAUGAUGAGGUCAAGAGAUGAGGACCCUGACCUUCUUUAUGUGAUCAAAUUCCUGACUGCGGAAGAGAUGCCAGGACUUCCACCAGGAGGCGGCAUCACCAGCAAACGAGAAUGUAUUAUUGCUGCGUAUCAGAAACAUAUCAUGACUGUUAGACCCCAGGAACUUAUGGACAUCGAAGGAUCGGAGGAGGACUCAAGCUAA